AGGCGCCUCCCAUGGUGCCCCGCGGCGGCGGCGGCGGCGGGGCCGGGUCGGGCGGUUGUCGGGAUGCGGCUGUCGGUGCCGGCCGCUAUCUCCCACGGGCGCGUGCACCGGCGGUUGGGGCUGGGCCCGCGCUCGCGCCUCGACCUGCUGCGGAACCUGGUGACGGCGUUGGUGCGUCAUGAACGCAUCGAGGCUCCCUGGGCCCGGGCUGACGAGAUGCGGGGCUACGCCGAGAAGCUCAUCGAGUACGCCAAGCUGGGAGACACCAACGAGCGCGCCAUGCGCAUGGCGGAUUUCUGGCUGACGGAGAAGGACCUCAUCCACAAGCUGUUCAAAGUGCUGGCGCCCCGGUUCCAGCCCCACCCCGGCAGCUACACCCGCCUGCUGCAGAUCCCCAACCGGGACGGCCUUGACCGCGCCAAGAUGGCGGUCAUCGAGCUCAAGGGGAACCCCUUCCCACCGCUCAUCCGCCCGCACCGCGACUCCGAGAAGACACUACUCAACCAGCUCCUGAAGGGCUACCGGGAGGACCUGCAGUGGGCCCCCAAGGGCACCCCCGUCUAGGCAUCCCUGGCAUGAGCUGGCCCUGCACCUUGUUGGUGUGCUGGGGCACAGGAAUGGAGGACGUCCCAGAAGGCCUGGAGGCUGAUUAGUAACGUUGGGUUGCCAGGAGGGGAGGGAGAAGCUCAGGGUUUAUUUGCUUCGUCGUGUGGUUUGAGUAGAGACUCGGCCAGAGAAGGAAAUAAAGUUGGGAGCCCUCAUGGUUGAUGUUGUGUGUAAAUAAAUUCUGUUCAGAAAGUGA